CAUAACAUCAAAUGUUGUCCUAUAAAAGCCAGCGGCAUUAGCUAAGGCGAUGUCCUGAUCUCUGUGCCUCUGAGAGAAAUGGCAUUUGGUGGAAGUCUGUGGACACUGAUAUUAUACAUGACCAUUUUCAUUCAUUUCUUGCUGUUUGCAUGGGGAGCUUAUUAUCGCCUUAUCGGGAUGCAGCUGCCUCGAGGAAUCAGCUGUCGUGGAAAGUUACUACUUCUCGAUUUCUCUGUAGGAUAUGGACUUACACUGGCAGGAAUUCUGGAAAAACUGGGCAUCUGCCAUAGAUUUGCCUUAUUCAGGGCCGCGUGCAUGUUCAUUCCAGUAAUGAGGGACCCAAAGCUGAUCAUAAAGGAUCUGGAUUUUGAUGGAGUGCCAGGGAGGGUGUACUGGCCUAAAACAUCACCUGCUGGGAAAAGGAGAGGAAUCAUCUUUUUUCAUGGAGGUUGUGGACUAUUUGGAAGCAUCCGAACCACUGAAAGGAUCUGCUGUGCCAUCGCCCACCAAACUGACUCAGUGGUUAUGUGUCCUGAAUUUCGCUUAGGUCCUGAGUAUCUAUCUCCAACCGCAGUACAGGACUGCUGUACUGCUGCAAUACACUUUCUGAAGAAUUCAGAGGAAUACGGAGUGGACCCCAGCCGCAUUGCCUUUGCUGGGGAGAGUAGUGGAGGCACAUAUGCUGCAGCCAUUUGUCAAGAACUGGUGACCAGAGAGGACCUCCCAAGAGUGCGAGCUCAGGUCCUCAUAUACCCAUUCCUCCAAGGAAUGGACUUCAAUUUGCCAUCCCAUCAACAAAACCAUUCAGUUCCUCCCUUGUUCCGGAAAAGAGCUGUCAUACUUGGUUUGACAUAUCUCACUGGGAAGACAAUGAAUGUAGAUGGAGUUCUGAAAGGUGCCCAUGUCCCUCCUGAUUUGAGAGAGAAAUACAAAAAAUGGAUAAGUGCUGAUUACAUUCCAGAAGAAUUUAAAGCUAGGGGCUAUGUUCCUGUAGAACCUGCUCCAUUUUCAGAAGAACUUUAUGAACAAGUUAAAAGAGCUGGUGAGACAAUGUUUGCACCCCUUCACGCAGAGGAUGACAUAAUCCGCCAGCUCCCAGAGACUUUCAUUCUAACCUGUGAAUAUGAUAUUCUCCGGGAUGAUGGGCUGUUGUACAAAAAGCGGCUAGAGGACCACGGUGUGCCAGUGACAUGGUAUCAUGUUCAAGAUGGAUUUCAUGGAAUAAUGGCCAUGGCUGGUUUGAAGGCAAUUGAAUAUCCGAGCACACAGAAAUGUUUGCAGAGUGUAAUACAGUUCUUAAAAGGUUUAUAGAAAUGAAUGAUUUUAAUAAAUUAGACUGAGUAAAACUUUGGAUCAGAGUUUUUCUUUUUACUUCAGGAUUGUU